AUGUACAAUAGUAUUGAGUAGUUAGCGUGUGUACUGUAAUUGAAAAAUGUUUAGAAGGCAGUCGCGAUUGAGGCGUGAAUUUCUUUUAAGGAAAUCUGAGAGAACUCGUUUUGAAAAAACGAUUGCCAAAAAGGAAUCUUCUUAUGCAGAAAAUUUUAAGCUAAAAUGUAAUCCAUCCCAUAACAAUUUCGAUGUUGAUGAAGUUGACGAUGAAUACAAAUAUGGGAACAGCUGCACCCCAAAAAUUAUGAUCACGACAUCACACAACCCUUCUGCAAGGUUAAAAAUGUUUGUGAAGGAAUUACGACUAAUUUUUCCAAAUGCACAGCGAAUGAAUAGAGGCAAAAAUGAUUUAAAGCAAUUAGUAAAAUUAUGCUGUUCUAACGACGUGACAGAUAUUAUAAUUGUACACGAACAUCGAGGAAUACCUGAUAAUAUAGUCAUAAGCCACUUACCAAAUGGCCCUACCGCGUUUUUUAAUAUUUCUAGUGUUGUUAUGAGACAUGAUGUACCUUUUAUUGGAAAAAUGAGCGAACAAAGUCCCCACUUAAUCUUUCACAAUUUUAAAACCAGAAUUGGGCAGCGAGCAGUAAAUAUAUUAAAACAUCUUUUUCCUAAGCCGAAAGGGGAUUCCAAAAGAGUAAUCACUUUUGCUAAUCAUGAUGACUUCGUAUCAUUUCGCCAUCAUUUAUAUAAGUACGAAAAUAAAGAGUUGGAAUUAAUAGAAAUUGGCCCCAGAUUUCAACUUAAGUUGUACCAAAUAAAAUUGGGAAUAUUAGAUGAAAUUCAAGCUUCGGAUACUGAAUGGGUUUUGAGACCUUACAUGAACACAUCAAUUAAAAAUAGAGUUUUAUCGUUAGAAAAUGGUUGGGAUCAGAGUGGGUCUUAAAUUUUUAAAAUAUAUGUAUAAAUUUUAACAAUGGAAUUUAUUGAAAUUGUCAAAUGUUUGGAAGAAAAGUUUUAUAUUAUGAACACAAGAUACUGGUUAUUUGGCUUUGUAUUUGAGUAAAAAAUUCUUUCUUGUAAAGGACCGGUUAUAAAUUUAUGGAACACUAGAAAAUAUCUAAAUAAAAAUACAUAAUAUAUAAAUAUAUAUAUACAUACAGUGUUGGAAAAAAUAGGGACACAGCAAUGGUUAUCAAGUUUUUAACUUUACGUUAACUUUAGACGAAAUAAUAUAUAUGUAUUUUGCAAAACGUAAUGAAAAAAUAAGAAAAUUCAAUAAUUAUUGAGUGGUUUUUAUUUGAUAACUUUGAUUUAAAAAAUGGAAAUUAAUACAUUUUGUAAUUUAGCCUGGAAAAAAUAAUAGACGAACUUAAAAAAAAAAAUAAUAAUAAUUGAAUUAAAAUAUGAUAUCUUUCGUUGGUCUCAUUUAAUAUUUAGUUGAAGCUCCUUUGUUUUUCAUGACUUCCUGACAUCUUCGCGGCAUGGAGUUGACCAAUUGAGCACAAGUUUUGACCGGUAUUGAGUACCAAGCUUCCUGUAUUUUUUCCCACAGCUCUUGCUUAUUCUUCCAUUUUUGUCCACCGAUCGACGUUUUUAGCACUCUCCAUAGAUGUUCUAUGGGGUUCAGGUCCGGAAACUGUGACGGCCAGUCCAAAAGAGCAACUUGAUUCCUUUCAAGCCAAGAUUUUAUAAUUCUGGAUGCAUGUUUUGAGUCGUUGUCGUGCAUAAACUCCCAUCUAAGUGGCAUGUAAUCCUCUGCAUAGGGCAACAUUACACUAUUGAGUAUAUUUAGGUAGUCUGGAGCACACAUCUUCUCCCGUAUCCAAAAGACUGGUCCUACUCCACUCGCCGAAAAGCAGCUCCAUACCAUUAUAGAACCUCCGCAAUGUUUAAUGGUCUUUCAGGUAUAUAAAGGGUUAAAUUCAGCAUUCGGUGGGCGUCGAACGAACAUUCUACCAUCGGAUCCGAAUAUACAGUGGCGGACAAAAGUCUACAUACACCCCCUGUUUUCUUCGAUGUGAGAGUACAAAAAGUUUUUAGAAAAAUGUAUUUAUACAGUUUUAUUCUAAUAUUUAUUACAAUAGCAAUUAACUAAAAAAAUCCAUUAUUUAACAUAAAACAACAAAUUUAUGGAAGAAAAACUCAAAAAUUGCUUUGACAAAAGUCUACAUACAGUUCAAAUCUCAUACUUUGUACAUUGUUAUAUUAACAGUAAGGUAACGUUAGCCUUUUUCUUUUAUUUCAAUAUGUUUAUUGUUUGAUAUUUAUUGAAUUUAGUUGUGGUUUAAACACUUCAAUAGCUAUAAUGGCUCCGUGAAAUGAAAUAUCAAUUGAUGUAAGAAAUUUGGUGAUAAAAGAAAGAAAAGAAAAAAAAUCAUUUGGUGAAAUUUCUAAAAUUUUAAACUUGAGUCGAGCAACUGUACAGACAAUUCUAAAAAACUUUAAAAAUAAUGGUUCCAACGAAAAUAAACCGCGCAGUAGACGCCCAAAAAAACAAUCUUGUAGAGACGUCAGCCUGAUUCUCAACGAAGCAGACCAAAAUCCAAAAGUAAAUGCUCCAAAUAUAGCCGAACGCAUAGCGAGUACGUCACAAAUGAGUAUCCAACCAAGAGCAAUAAAAAAAAACUCUAAACGAUAACGGAUUCCACAGUAGAAAGCCACGGAAGAAACCUUUUAUUUGUGAAAAAAACCGGAAACUUCGUUGUAAGUUCGCCAAAAAACACAAAGAAAAGGAAAUGGAUUUUUGGAAAAAAGUUUCAUUUACAGAUGAUUCUAAAGUCACCCUUUUUGGUAGUGAUGAAAGGGCUAAAAUUUGAAGGAAAACUAACGCCACGCUUGAACCGAAGAACGUAGUAUCAAUUGUGAAGCUCGGUGGCGGCAGCGUAAUGGUUUGGGGAGCUGUUGCGGCCUCUGGAGUUAGAAAGUUGGACUUUAUUGAAGGUGAAAUGGACGGUUAUAAGUAUAAGUCUCUGUUGGAACAUAAUUUGAGGCCUUUGGUGGAUACUUUAGGGCUCGGUUCCGGUUGGAUAUUCCAACAAGAUAACGAUCCGAUGCAUGCGGCGCAAAUUGUUAAGGACUGGUUGCUUUAUUAUACUCCAAGGCAAUUAAAUACACCACCUCAAGGUCCAAAUAUGAAUAUUAUUGAACAUGUCUGGGAGAUUUUGGAGCGUAGAAUUAGAAAGCACCAAAUUUCUAGCUCUGCUAUACUCUAAGAGCGCAUAUUGGGACCUUGGAACAGCAUUACAUUUGCAGCAUUGACAAAUUUAGCAGAAUCAAUGCCACGGCGUCUUCAAGCAGUUAUAGAUGCCAAUGGGGACCCAAAUAAAUACUAAAACGUCUUAAUAACUAGCAUUUUGUAAAGUUUUUCGCACUGAACUAAGAUAUUUUUGUACUGUAUGUAGACUUUUGUCAACACAAUAUUUGAGUUUUUAUUCCAUAAAUUUGUAGUUUUAUAUUAAUUAACGGAUUUUUUAAGUUUGUUGUUAUUAGAAAGAAGAUUAGAAUAAAACUGUAUCAACACAUUUUUCUAAAAAGUUUUUGUACUCUCACAUCGAAGAAAACAGGGGGUGUAUGUAGACUUUUGUCCGCCACUGUAUUUACUUUGGUCUCGUCCGACCAAAGGACAUUUUUCCAGUUUUCCCGCAACAAGUGCCUCUGCGCGAACUGCAAUCGUUGAUUCACGUUAUUUUUGCUCAAAUACGGGACUUUUCUGGCACUUCUUCCGUUGAACCCUGCUUCUCGUAGUCUGUUACGAAUAGUCUGGCUAGUAACUGGAGCAUUUAAUCGUUCCUUGAUUUCGUUGGAGGGCAAAAACGGGUCUUUUUUUGACUCUCUAACAACCAAAUGGUCAAAUUGCAUUGAUGUUUUGCGCUUUCUUCCUCUCUUUGCUUUUUUCCCGCACGGCUUAAGAGCGUUAAACACCAUAUUUUUGGAGCAUUCCAUUAUUGCAGCUAUUUCGCGAAUGGUUUUUUCAAUUUUUCGUAGCUUCUUUAUGGUUUUACGUUCGGUAUCCGAGCAAUGUUUGGCGCGACCCAUUACAGAUAAUUUUAGGAAUUUUUUUUUAGUACUAUCUUGUAAAAACCUAUAACACAGCAAAUCACUAUGAAUCAAUAAUGAUCUUUCGAAAAUUUCCGCAAUGCAUACAGCGCAAACGACCAAACUUAUUCUGUCCCUAUUAUUUUUUCCAUUCAAAAACAUGUGCAUCAGCUUUAAAACGCAAUUAUUCAAAGUUGUGCUGCCUACUAUGCUUUAAGUGCGUAUGAAGUAAAGUACCGUUCAGUAACUGAAGCCACUGUUAAGCUUCCAACAAAAUAGCAGAGAAUUAUAAAAAAUUAUGGAAUAGUAUAAAAAAAUAUGCGAAUGUCCCUAUUAUUUUUUCCAACACUGUAUGUAUAUUACUAAUUUAUGAAUAAUAAAAUAAGAUUCUACGAUAA